AUGGAGCGCUCUGAGGCUUCUCUAAUUACCAAAACUUGGCUCGCCGCGAGGGUUCCAAAGCCAGUGGCACAUGGAUGUAAAUCCGGGGGACCAAUAACAAAGUUCCUACACUGGUUGGCGCCAAAUAUCAAGAAACGGGAGCUGUGCCUCUCAGGAUGCUGGCAAAAAGACAGACAAGAGGCAGAAAAAACGAAGCAGGAUCCCAACAAGAGCGCACAUUUUACGCGUAUCCCAAUAAGAGCAGAGAAGGGGAAGGAGAUCAUCUCAUCUAUGUACAAGAAACUCGGGGGGCAUUUGGAGAAAAUAUUUUCGGGGUUACGCGGACAGCAGCUGGGACUGACCGCCGGCGCGGAUUUCCUUUGGAUCCCUACAAUGUUUGAAACGGAGGGAAGAAGCAUGUCACGGCUGUCUCUGACACGGUCCCCGGUCUCUCCUCUGGCCGCGCAGGGGAUCCCUCUGCCGGCUCAGCUGACCAAGGCGAACGCCCCGGUGCACAUCGACGUCGGGGGGCACAUGUACACCAGCAGCCUGGCCACCCUCACCAAGUACCCAGACUCACGAAUCAGUCGUCUGUUCAAUGGCACCGAGCCCAUCGUGUUGGACAGCUUGAAGCAGCACUACUUCAUAGAUCGGGACGGCGAGAUAUUCCGCUACAUUCUCAGUUUCCUGAGGACCAGCAAAUUGCUCCUUCCAGAUGACUUCAAGGACUUCCACCUGCUGUACGAGGAGGCCCGCUAUUACCAGCUAACGCCCAUGAUCAAGGAGCUGGAGCGCUGGAAGCAGGAGCGCGAGCAGCGGCGGAUGGCGCAGCCCUGCGACUGCCUGGUUGUGCGAGUGACUCCCGACCUCGGCGAGAGGAUCGCCCUUAGCGGAGAAAAGGUCCUCAUAGAGGAGAUCUUCCCUGAGACUGGAGACGUUAUGUGUAACUCAGUCAACGCUGGCUGGAACCAGGACCCAACGCACGUGAUUCGCUUCCCUCUCAACGGCUACUGCAGGCUCAACUCAGUUCAGGUUCUGGAGCGUCUUUUCCAAAAGGGUUUCAGUGUGGCAGCCUCAUGCGGAGGUGGAGUGGACUCGUCUCAGUUCAGCGAGUAUGUGUUGUGCCGCGAGGACCGACGAAGCCUCUCCAUGAACACACCCAUCAGGAUAAAACAGGAACCUCUGGACUAGAGCUUUCCGGAAGAGGGGCUGGCAACACCCCCCCCACCUCCCCUCUGCCUCCCCUUCAUCCUUUCACACCAGAACAUCCCACUGUCCUCUUCCCCACUCCUGCUCUAGCAGGUCCACAGCCGCCCUCAGCAUACUUAAGUAUUAGCAGAGGCUUGAUAACCUCGCCAAACUCUGCAGAACUGUAAGGGGAAUGUAGAACCAAACAACGAAAUAAAAAGCAUCAGCAGCAAAAAGUUUUUGAUCUUGUGAAAUAAUACGUAAAGAAUCUGGGACCAUGGUGAAAACAACAGUGACAAAUGGAUGCUACAGCAGCUCAAAGCCCACCAUUUUUGGUCGAUUUUCCCACAUCUUAUUAAAAGAAAAAAAGAAAAAGUCCCUCAUCUUUUUGAGGGAUGUAACUUCCACCUACUUGAACCUCGGUCCGCUCCAACCCCGUUACACACCACCUCCACCACUCCUUCCAGACGUGACAGUGUAACUGUGAGCUCCGUGUCUUCUCUCUGGUGACGAGUGGCCUGCUGUGGGUCAAGGAGACAGUGACAGACGGGAUGUUUUCGAGGAUGCAAGACAGAGGACGUAAUCUAAUUUCGCAAGUCCCACAAAAGGCUCCCAACCCCAAGAUCGCAUCGCCCUCUCCCACAGGCCUGGCCAUAGACCUCGCCUUACACAGCUUUGUUUUACCAAACUGAUUGUUUAUUACAGUUUUUCAUUGUUGUUUUGAAACUAUGUUCUUUCGCCCCUUUUGCUGUUUUUAUCAUGACAUGGUGUAAACAGUUAUUGUUAUUAAUAGGAUUAUUUUAAAUGUCUUUUUUUUUUUCUCCAAAAUGAAGGAUGUAUGAGCAUUGUAUUCAUUAGGCUUUGAGAGCUUGCAAGGGAGCUUUUCUUGGCAAUAGCGGCAGAAACUCAGAUGUCUGCAGGCUAUGUGGCUAAAGCAAUCUGACUGGCAACGCAUUCGGAGCCAGAAAAAGUCCCAUUGUUCAUUUGGGAAUAGAAGAAAAACCUGGAUGCUUAGACAUUGUUUAUAGUCAAAUGUGAUUUAAAAAAAAAAAUGUAUGCUAGAAUUUCUGCUUAUUAGCUCUAAAACAUAUCUGGGUCUCUGAUUGGAUUCUCGCACAUAAGCACAACUCAUUUGCUCACACAAGUUUUCAGAGCGUUUGUAAGUAAGACAUUUAGGACACAAAUGCACAAGUUGUAAGUGUACCGCAGUUUGGCUGAGUUAGAAUGUUAAACACCCGAGAACCUGCGGGGAGAGCUGAUGUUUACCAGUAUGUCUCUUGAUCAACUAGAGACGUACUUUAAAUGCUUAAUAUUUCUUUGCACUUAAACAUUUCCCACAGAGCUGCCCGGCCCUGCUCCCUCAAAACGCAGCAGAGACAAGUCAAGCUGUUUAUCUAUGACUGUGAGAUUAAAGCUUUCAAAAGCAGGGGGGAGAAAAAGACGUCCCGCAGAACAAACACUCCAGGUACCAAAGUAGAUACGGUGCCUGUUUGUUGAUUGUACAAAUAUAAAGAUGUUCUUUGUGCAGUUUCAAGAGAAAGAAGACACGAUGCAUUAUUCAAAACUGUAUGAAGGAUAACAACAAUUGAUCCUCGAGGCCUCCAGUCUUGACAGUUUUGUUGAGAGAAGCUCAAAGUACCUUCAGACCAAGUUUGAGAAGUAAAGCUUCUGGUUUAAUGCUGUCACUUCUAAGCCAAGAUCAUUCCACCGCUUCUUCACACACAUGCACGGGUAGAAGCCAGAGUGAACUGUGUUCCCACCCUCCGCGCGUUGUUCACAAAGAGGCGAGUGGGUGGCAUUUGCUCUGUCCUGCUCUCUUUCUUUUUGUCUUAUUCUCAACAUUUCUGGAUCAAAGACAGAAACAAGAAAGGCCAAGUUUUCAUGCUUUAUAUUUGUGUGGAACUUACACAUGCUGUUUCUUCCAUUCCAAAAGACAGAGAGGAGGAGGGAGGGGGGGGGGAGAAAAAAAAAGAAGCCUACACUGAUCUUUGUGGGUGCUGGCAGUUGCUUGAGUUAAACUGGUGUUGUCUUUAGUUGUACAUUAACCAUUGUUCCGUCCAUGUUGUCCUGAUAGCGUAUCCAUCUUUCUUUGGGGCGUGCUGCUGAUUAAACCGGAGCAGUGAGUGGGUGAGGAAGGGCUUGGUGGACGUGUAGCUGCAAAUCCAGAGUGUUUGUUCUGACCUGCCAGUGCCCUGCGCCUUUGCAUUCAGUUGCCUCAAAGGGAAUGGUCGACCAGGCUUUUCAUGUGCCGAGGCAUGUUGGGCUCUUCGCAGCGCACCCCCCCCCCCCC